CUCGGGUGUAAUCGCGUUUACGUGCCAAGAAGGCGACGCUGUGUGCCAUGCUGAUUUCACGACACGAAUCAGCCUUUGAUCACGCGUGGAUUCUCUCCGCAUUGGCCGGAGGCUCCACACACCUUUACUCACCAUUGGCCUGCACGUGGAUUCAUGCACACCCAUGCCUCCGACGCCAGAAAGAGUUGAAUGAGUGAUAACACGACAGAAGUAAAACCGGCCAGACUUAGAAAUACUAAUUAAUGUCCAUACACCAUAGUGUUAAAACAUGGGUAAAUUGCAUCGUGUUUCAUCUGCAAAUAACGACCUGCCAGGUGAGGCUCUGCUUGAAAGUAACCAGACCGCGAGUGGUCCUUCUGCAGCCACAAGCAACCUGCAGGUGAUAGAAACCCUCACUUCUAUGACAGAUAGCAAGAAGGAUGGACAUUUCUGGCACACUGAACUCUUGACACCCUCUUCAGACUCCAGUGAAGGAGAUUCUGUUCGCAAAGCGCUAGCAGACAUCCAUGAGUCUGCUUUUACAUUACGUUGCAUGACCCCACCUUAUAGCCCUCAAGCUGCUGAAGUGGCUCAGAGAGACAUGUUGGGAGGCGUGGCUUACACUGCCUCACCCCACCCACCACAGACAAAGGGCAGAGCCACCAGUGUGAUCCGUCACACGUCCGAUCCCUUGCGCUAUCUUGCUGUUGAGAGAGAGACGGAGAAUGGAUCCAGCCCACCCAGCCCUGCCCAGAGCUGCUCUGGUUUUGUAUCUAGCACGGACCCAGGGGUAAAUCUUCUGGGCUCUGGCUUGCCUAUCUUUCUGACUCCUCCCCAGGUCCCACCCCCUCUAACUCUCCCCGCCCCUAUUGGAAUACUCUCUACUUUUUCUCAUGCAAGCGUGCUAUCAGUAACAACGUUCCAGAUCCUUGCUUUACCACCACCUGCUGGCUCCCUGCUCAACAGUCCACCUCCACCCGCAGCUAAUCCACCAGAUGCCUGUCCACAAUCGGCCGUUUCGGUCGGGAGUCCAGUUUCUGCCACCGCUGUUGUGGCCUGUCAGGCUCCCACAGAAGCCGUCCUAGUGCUGGUCCCCCCGCAGUCUAUGGUGGUAGCCUCUGGUGGGUCAAAGUUCACUGCUAUUGCUCCUGCGCCAGACCAUGGCCCCACGUUGCCACAGAUCAAGCCAGUGCCUGACCUGACGCGGGUCCGCUGUCAUGUCUGCACCCACCCUAACUGUGGGAAGACCUAUUUUAAAAGCUCCCAUCUCCGUGCACACUUGCGGAUCCACACAGGUGAGAAGCCAUUUUGGUGCCGAUGGGAAGGUUGUGAGAGACGUUUCUCCCGCUCCGAUGAACUGUCCCGCCAUCGGCGUGCUCACACAGGAGAGAAACAUUUCACCUGCCCCGUGUGCCACGCCAACUUUAGCCGCAGUGACCACCUGACUAAGCAUGCCCGGCGUCACCUCAGGAGGGCUCCGAUGUGGCAGUCCGAGGUGGGCCGACUCCGUGCCACCAGUGCCAGGAGUCCCGUUCUUGCGACCCUGUGCCCCAAGGCUGGGAGUUAAGGGUCACGGAAGACCUAAGGUCAGGUGCUGUGGAUUUGGCACUUACCUUAAUGUCAGGUGUUGGAGAAACAUGAGCCAUCUGUUGCACCAACCAUCAUGAAGGAGGGAGCAAACAGGACAGUAUGUGGGUUUUAAGGACUAGAUUUGAGCAGCACUGUCUUAGAAAUUUAUGACUCUCUCAGACUACUAAGAGACUUCACAAGUAAAUAUUUGAAUCUCGUUAUCAUCAGGUUUACUUGCUUGCUUGCUUCUUGAAUGCAAAUUGUAGCAAAAGGUUUUAUGACAAAUCCAGCCAGGACAGAAAAUUAUGUUUAGUUACAUUCAAAACCAUCAGGAACCCAUAUUACUUCAACCAAAGGAUUAAGGCUCCAAAUGCUUUAGCGACUGUUAAUAUUCAGUGAGUGCAUUUAUUUGCUAAAGUGAUAACAGUUUGCACUGUUCUAAUGUACAUGAAAAAUAAGUUAGGUCUAAUAUAUCA